GUCAGGCAAAAACUAAGACGGCAGUACGAGCAGAGAUCUGCAAUAGAUGAACACAGACAUAGAGCAGCCACCGGGAAGCAGAGAGGCUGAUACCGACAGGGAGAGAGAGGGAGGCAGCCAUUUUGGCAUUUACAAUUCUCACUGCUGUGUUUAAGUCAUUUUAUUAUUUUUUUUCAUUCAGGGGGGACAUAGCGGGGAUAUAAAAGCAGGUGUUCCCUUUAAGAGGGAAAGGAUCAGGACCAAGGACAGCAUCCUCCAUCUCCAUCCUCCAUCUCCAGCUCCUGUAUAGGUACCACAGUUUGAGAGGAAGUCCGAGUGACCAGGCCAGACUUCAACCUCAAUCCCUCCACCUACAUGGAGCUCAGCUGUUAUGGAUGGGAGAAGCCUAACCCAGUCUGAGAAACCCCUAUGAACAACAGACCCAAUGGACAUCAAAGGCCAGUCCUGGACUGAUGAGGAAUCAGAUGGGGAGAAUGAGUCGGAGCAGUUCCUCUAUGGGAUCCAGGGGAGCUGUGCUGCUGACCUGUACCGACACCCUCAACUGGAUGCAGACAUCGAGGCAGUGAAGGACAUCUAUACCGACAGUGCUGUCUCUGUCAGAGAGUAUGGAACCAUUGAUGAUGUGGACAUUGACCUUCAGAUUAAUAUCAGUUUCUUGGAUGAGGAGGUGGCAACUGCCUGGAAGGUCAUCCGAACAGAGCCCAUCAUUCUGAGACUACGGUUCUCUCUCUCCCAGUACCUAGAUGGACCGGAACCGUCAGUGGAGGUGUUCCAGCCCUCCAAUAAAGAGGGUUUCAGCCUGGGCCUGCAGCUCAAGAAGAUCCUGAGUACGUUCACAUCCCAGCAGUGGAAGCACCUCAGUAAUGAGUUCCUGAAGGCCCAGCAGGAAAAGAGACACAGCUGGUUCAAAGCCGGGGGAACCAUCAAGAAGUUCCGCGCAGGACUCAGCAUCUUCUCUCCCAUCCCCAAGUCCCCCAGCUACCCUCUGAUCCAGGACACGGUUCUGAAGGGGAAGCUGAGUGUUCCAGAGCUGAGGGUGACCCGGCUCAUGAAUCGCUCCAUCUCCUGCACCAUGAAGAACCCCAAGGGGGAGCUGUUCAGCUACCCCCCCAACAGCCAGGCGGGCGGACACUGCAAGAACAUCCCUACCUUGGAGUAUGGCUUCUUAGUACAGAUAAUGAAAUACUCGGAGCAGAGGAUCCCCACUCUCAAUGAGUACUGUGUGGUCUGUGACGAGCAGCACGUCUUUCAGAACGGAUCCAUGUUGAAGCCGGCUGUGUGCACUAGAGAGCUGUGUGUGUUCUCCUUCUACACUCUGGGGGUGAUGUCAGGAGCAGCAGAGGAGGUGGCCACUGGAGCAGAGGUGGUGGAUCUGCUGGUGGCUAUGUGUCGGGCUGCUCUGGAGUCUCCUCGUAAAAGCAUCAUCUUCGAACCCUACCCGUCUGUGGUCGACCCCAACGACCCCAAGACUCUGGCCUUCAACCCAAAGAAGAAGAACUAUGAGAGAUUGCAAAAAGCACUGGACAGUGUCAUGUCCAUCCGCGAGAUGACCCAGGGCUCAUAUCUGGAGAUUAAGAAACAGAUGGACAAACUGGACCCCCUGGCUCACCCUCUACUGCAGUGGAUCAUAUCCAGUAACCGAUCCCAUAUCGUCAAGCUGCCUCUGAGCAGGCAACUGAAGUUCAUGCACACAUCCCACCAGUUCCUAUUACUCAGCAGCCCGCCUGCCAAGGAGGCACGCUUUCGCACGGCCAAGAAGCUCUACGGCAGCACCUUUGCCUUCCAUGGUUCCCAUAUAGAGAACUGGCACUCCGUUCUGAGAAAUGGACUAGUCAAUGCCUCUUAUACCAAACUGCAGCUGCAUGGUGCAGCCUAUGGAAAGGGUAUCUAUCUCAGCCCCAUCUCCAGCAUUUCCUUUGGAUACUCAGGGAUGGGUAAAGGACAGCACCGCAUGCCCACCAAAGAUGAGCUGGUGCAGCGUUACAACCGAAUGAAUACCGUUCCACAGGUGCAGUGUAUUCUGUCAAGGUUUCUCCAGAGCCGGAAUCUCAACUGCAUUGCCCUUUGUGAAGUGAUCACGUCCAAGGACCUGCAGAAGCACGGCAACAUCUGGGUGUGUCCUGUGUCCGACCACGUCUGCACGCGCUUCUUCUUCGUGUACGAGGACGGCCAGGUGGGAGAUGCCAACAUCAACACCCAGGAGCCCAAGGUGCAGAAGGAGAUAAUGCGUGUGAUCGGCACCCAGAUCUACUCCAGCUAAUGGAGGCUCCCCGGUGGCCCUUGGAGGAACAGGUCUGUACUGCAGAUAGGCCGACAAACAGAACUAUAGACAUAAAUACAGACAGACAUUUGGGAAACACAAACUCAGACCAGAUGAGGGAGGUUGAGGAUCUUUACGCCUCAUAUCUACAGUCUUUGUCCCUUUUUCCCCCUCACUUUUUAUUCCUCUGCUUUCCGUUCUCCCUGUGUCUGGCUAGCAUGUGUAACAGUACCUACUCUGUGCUCCGGUGAGCCACACCCGUGGGCUAGAUAGAGCUGGAAAACACAGGGAUGAAUGAAGGAAACCUUAGCCGGACUGGUUUGCCACACACACUCUGAGCUGAAGCGCAAGAGCACACACACACGCACGCACACACACACACACACACACGCAAACACACACACACACACUUCCCUUUCAGCCCCUGGUCUCUCAUUUCCUCCUGAGCCACUGUCAAGUCUCAUCCACGCUCUUUUAUCAGCUGCAAAUGUGAGAAUCCUUUGGACUGUGUAUCUAUAUUCAUCAGUUCUCAUUGUGGAUAUCUAGAAGAAGAACGAGUCAUGUUUAGUUUAUUUACACCCCCCUGUGAGUGUUGAAUCAUGGAUCUACAUGCAUGUAGAAAUGUGUUAUUUUAUUGUGUUGUUGUAGGCAUUUUCUCAGUGAUCCGUUUAUUUUCUAUUCUUUGACUAAUGGCAUAAAUUGACGGGCCAAGAUGCAAUUAUCUCCCGGGUCAAAGCAGUGUUCUACCGUGCCUCGUCAUGUAGUGGGUCAGUUUGUCUUCAGAUAGCACAGACAGAGGGACCUGAAGCCCUCUGGUUGAGUAAAAUGAUUGUAUGUUACACAGGAGAAUCCAUCACUAGUUAAUAUUGUUACCAGUCUGUCAGGAGAGACUAGUCACAGACAGACACAGCAACAGGCUACUCCCUCUGUUGACUAAAGGCUUUCUUGUCUUCUCCCGAUGUUUCAUUUCGGGAAAUUAGACCGGAGAGUCAAAAUGAUGACAGAGAGAAUACUGGUGCCCUCUAGACUGCUGAAUCUGAGAGAGCAUGGUGCAAAACCCAUAGCACUGUCGCACUGACUUGUGACUUGCUCCAUAAAGUACAGUCCAUCCCACUCUGAGAGACUAGGGCAUUGACCCCAGGUGUAUCCAUGCCCUACAGCCCGCUAUCCCUCCCUACUCUGAGAGAUAUAAUACAUGAAGAUAUUAUAUGGCUAUGGCCCUACCCACAGGACACUGGAUGUUGUUCAAGUGCUUUACUUACAUAUUUAUGGUUUACCUUGGGGAACGGCAACCCUGUGUAUAAUUUACUCUGUUUAUCAAUUAGUUGUAUGUAUGUGUGGGUUAUUCGUAUUUUCUGUACUAUAGUACAUUAUACAGGACAUUGCACUCAUUCAACAUUUGCUUAGCCCAGAUAAAAAUGUAUGUUCUCUCUCUCUCUCUCUCCCUCCCUCUCGACCCCCUCUCUCUCUCUCUCUCUCCCUCUCUC